CAUAAUAAAAAUUCCAGUUAAUGUAACUUUCUAACUUUCAAACCCGUUUUAUAUUUCAGAAAUUUGUACAACCUGCAUACAUUUGGUCACCUAUUUCUUUACGUUUUACCACAUUUAGUUACAUCGUGUCGUGCUGGUAUAUAGCCAUCUAUUUGCUUAUGUUAUGAAACACAACGCCGAUUAAAAGAUUGGAAUUACAAAAUUCUAACACAUCAUGGCCACGUACAACGGAAACACCACAACUUUACAAAUUCCCCCAAAAACUAAAAUCCGCACGAUCAACGUAAAUUCGGGCGACAUCAUCGUUGGAGCUGGAUGUUCUAUAGAGUACUGCAAUUAUAACGAGGGAUCCAUAACGUUCCUGGGGGCAUGUAAAAUUUCGGAUAUGGAAGCUAACAAGGGAACCAUAACUGUUGGUGCGGGUUCCUCGAUAGCCUCGUGUUAUCGUAACUCUGGGAUAAUUAAUACCGAAAAUAAUGUAAAGAUCGUUCAUAUGAAGGCAAACAAGGCCGUUAUCAGUAUCGGAACGGGUUCAAAAAUUUCUGAAAUUGCAAACAACAAAGGGACAAUUUUUAUUUCAAAUGAGUGCGAAAUAGAAGCUGUUCAUUUUAACGAAAAAGUGAUCGCUUUCGGAGAGUCGUGCUCCAUUGGAAAGAUUUUCUUUAACCAGGGGACAAUUUCCUUGGCAAACGGGGUCCAUGGGUUUGAAACUAAUGGAAAUGCUGGUUUUAUCGUUGGGCGUGGAUUGGCAUACGCUAAGGACGAUCGUAAAAUUCCGUUUGAAGUCGAGCCUCCAUCGUCGGAAGCGUCAUUCUAUGCGGGAAAAGGUCUCGUCGCCUUUGCGGAACAGUAUAAUGAGGACAUAAGGAAAUUCAUUGUUAUCAUGUUUCCUACCAAUGAUUACGCGGAGCUCGAUCGAAAGGCAAGGAGGCUGAGACAGGAAGCAACACGAGAAAAUUACAACUUGUCUUUCCAAAGCAGUGGAACCGAAUUUUCCCCCGAUCGUCAAACGCCCACUUCAUCAACGAACGAAAACGUACCGGAAGCUUCAUCACCCGUCAAAGAAGUGGAUCCUCUUUGCCCCAUCUGCAUGGUGCACAGGAAAAAUAUGGCCUUUCAAUGUGGACAUCUCUGCUGUACGAGGUGCUCCGUGGGAUUGUCAAAUUGUCCCAUUUGUCGUAAAGCAAUUACACAACGGAUACAAAUUUACCUUUGAUGUCAUGUUAUAACUAUAUUGAACAUUUAAACGCUAUUCAAUUUAAAUUUACAUACUUAGAUUCCGCGUCGUCCAUGUGUACAUAGUUACUUAGGACUCAUAAGUUAUGAGUGAGAUUUAUGUAGGAGUCAUAGCAGAUUAAGUAAUAAAA